AAAAUAAAAAUAAAUAAAUAAAUAAAAAGGCCCUUUUACAUUCCACUGCGAAUCGCGAUCUCUCUCCAUAUCUCGCCGGCGCCGAUCUCUAUUAUCGCCUCAGGAUACUGAUUGGAGACAUGGAUGGAGAAGUCCCAAAUAUAAAGAAGUGGAUAGUCUUCUAUCCUGUUUAUAUUAAUUCAAAAAAGACCAUAGCUGAGGGGCGGCGGCUAAGCACCAGUAAAGCAUGUGAAAAUCCAACUUGCGCCGAGAUUGGUGACUGCUGCAGCCAUCUCAAACUCCCAUUUGCAAUUGAGAUUGAUAAGGCAUAUCCACGUGAUUUCAUGCAACGAGGGAGAGUGAGAGUGUUGCUGAAAAAGGAAGAUGGAACUUUAUAUAAUCCUGCCAUUUCUUCCCGAAAAGAGCUGAUGCGUCAUGUUGCUGAGUUGGUACCCAGACAUCCUGGGAGGGUCAAGAAACAGGAGCCUGCAUCAACCUCAAACACUGGAUCUUCCAAAUCUGGGAAGGGUGGAAAAAAGAAGCGGUAGAUGCAGAAUCUAAAGGUCUUGUUCUAUAUUUUCGGUGGAAGCAUGGUUACAUUCUCCUUUUGGUCAUUAAUCCUUUUGUCAAACCUAGGCUCUCUUUUAACUUCUCAUGAGUUGAAAUUCUCUUGAAAAAGUAGUUUCUUUUUUCAUCCCAUAGUGUUGGUUUAAAAUAGAUCAUCCUCAGUGCUUUUUAGAAGUAUUAUUUGGCUUGCAUUGAGUUUCAAAUAUACAAACAUGAAUGUAACUUAUAAUCCACAAUACAUUCACUGGUUUUCAUGCAGUGUCUUGUGACCUCCAAUAUCUUAAUCACAUAUUCAAGGAUUCAUGAGCACUGAAACUUCAAUUGGUUUUCA